GCCAUCUGCACCCAGGAGAUUUAAAAGUGAGCCCAUAGCUGCGAUCAGCCUGACCCUCACACUCCCGAGACACCAAUGCAGGAACAGGGUCCCACAUUCAUUGAGAUUGUUUCUGUUUGUUCCUUUCCAACAGUUGCCACAACACCCACUACUACAAUUCCCACAACAGAGGCUCCGACAACUACUGAAGAGACAACAGUUGCCACAACACCCACUACUACAAUUCCCACAACAGAGGCUCCGACAACUACUGAAGAGACAACAGUUGCCACAACACCCACUACUACAAUUCCCACAACAGAGGCUCCGACAACUACUGAAGAGACAACAGUUGCCACAACACCCACUACGACAAUUCCCACAACAGAGGCUCCGACAACUACUGAAGAGACAACAG